AUGAUCGAAAUGUCGAGGGACGAGAUAAACCAGCUAGUUUACAAGUAUCUUGAGGAUGAAGGAUACAUAUACACUCUUUUCACAUUUAAGAACGAGGCAGCCCCCAGCGACAAACCUUUACCCCAUAGUCUGAUAUCUCUUGUUGGAAAAGGACUGCAGUAUCUGUAUGGAACUAAGCAUCUUCAAGGAAAUUCAGUGGUUGCCUGUGAAACCAGAUUCUGUCUAUCGGAGGAGCAUGUAUGUGGCUUUCUGAAGAAAGAACCUCCAAGUUCCAGAGAAGAUCAUAUCUCUGAAGAAAAGGGAACCAUGUCGGUUGAUGUCGAAGAAAUAAGUCUUGACAGGAUGGGGGUUGGGCUCCUUUCCUGCUGGAAUAGAGACUCCCUGGGGAUUUACACUGCAGCUGGGGAAGUUCUUGGGAUUGGGAGUGAAGGUCUUCGAUGGAAAAGAGAGAUGAAGAAUCUGACAUCGCUAUCCUGGAACGACGAUGAGCUAGUUGUUGGGAACGAAGGUGGAGAAGUAAUAACUGUUAAUGUGUCAAGCGGAAGGACAAGAAGCUAUGCGUGCCAUAGCAAGAGCGUCACAAGAGUAAGGCAACGAGGAAGAGGAAUUCUUUCUUCUGGAAGAGAUGGACGCAUUGUUAUGAUGAACAAUGGAAUUACAGAGGUGAAUGUCUCAGAAUGUGAGGUAGAGGAUGUUGUAUGGAUGGGGGAAAAUGAAGUUGGAUGCAGCCUAAGUGACUUUUCUGUUUCUUUUGUGGAUGUUAGCGAGUCGAAGGUGUCUCGAAUUGGCACCCACAAAGGCCAAAUCAGUGGAAUGGAGUAUAAUGAGUCGAUGCUAUCAACAUCAUCCCAUGACGGUACCUUUGGGGUGUGGGAUGUCGGGUCUAUGGAGGGAAGUAAGAUAAAUGCCCACGAGGGUGGUGUCAAUGACCAUAAAUGGACAAAUGACAAGAUUGUGACAUGUGGAUCUGAUAGGCUUGUCAAGUUGUGGGACAUUGAGAAGUCAACACCUGUCUGCAGGUUAGAACACAAAGACAAAGUUUUAGCAGUUGACUGCUCCUCAUAUCUGAUUGCAAGUGGCUCUUUGGACGGAGAGGUAAUACUUAGUGAUUCCAGAUGCAGAGAAGUUUACAGAUACAAGGUGGACGGAAGUGUCUUCAAACUUUUAUUUUCUACAAGUGGGUCAUACUUGUGCAUCUGUAUAUCUGGUAGCUCACCGAAGUUGAUAAGUCUUAAGCAUCUUUAG